UGCUCUCUCUCUCUCUGAGUUUUCAGCUGGCAGCAGCACAAAACCGUGUAUACCAGAAGCAUCAUCUGCUCUGAAUAUUCUCCCAGAAAAGCAGCUACAGCCUCUCCUUGCAGCAUCUGCCAUGUCCAAAUCAGAUGUACCCAUCACAUCCAAACCAAUCAAAUUGAUUGCAGCUGCCUGUAAUAAUAUGGGAAUUGGUCUCAAGGGGAACUUACCCUGGAAUCUCCCGAAUGAAUAUCAGUAUAUGUUAAACACAAUAACCAGAGUAGAACAGCCAGGAAAGAAAAAUCUGAUUGUCUGGGGCCGAAAGUCCUUUGAGACCUUUGAUGAGAACUUGUUACCUCUGGCAAACACUGUCAUAGUCCUCCUGACCAGGAAACUGAGUGACUUGCCAAAGCAUGCUCAUUACAUCUGCCGUGAUGAAGAUGAAGUGGUGGAACUGGUGUCAAAGUCUCCUCUGUCUGAAGAGAUUGAGUCAAUAUGGGUGUUAGGAGGUGUAGAGUGCUACCAGAAUAUGAUGAGGCACCCUUUGUGUACCCACAUUUAUUUCACUGAGAUCAUGGCAGACUUUGAAAGUGACACCUUCUUCCCAGAGUUUGACAAAGAUGUCUUCAAGUUAAAAGAAAACUUCCCAGGUGUUCCAUCUGGGAUUCAGGAAGAAAAAGGAGUCAGUUACGUCUUUCAAGUUUAUGAAAGAGAUCAACCAAAACAAGACCAAUAAUCCUGCGUAGAAUACGCUAAAAGAGAAUGUGAUAUGUUGUAGUGGAACUUAUCAGACUGUGCAAAUCAUCCAAAAGUGCCUUGAAUAAAAAGAUAUU